UAGGCAGAGAAGAGCACAAUAGUUGAACUGGACAUAUUAUGUAAUAGCUUGUUUCUCCAUAAUUGUUUUCUCAACAGAGAUGCCAGGAAUGGAUGAAGAAAAUCAGACCAUGAAAACUGAGUUUAUCCUCGAAGGAUUUACAGAUCACCCAGAAAUGAAGACCCUUCUGUUUGUGGCGUUCCUUAUCAUCUAUUUGAUCACCAUGGUGGGGAAUGUUGGUCUGGUGAUACUGAUUUCAAAAGAGCAUCGUCUCCACACACCAAUGUACAUCUUUCUGGGCAACCUUGCUCUUGUGGAUUCUUGCUGUGCCUGUGCCAUUACCCCUAAGAUGUUAGAGAACUUCUUUUCUGAGAACAGAAUGAUAUCCUUCUAUGAAUGCAUGGCCCAAUUUUAUUUUCUUUGCACCGUUGAAACUGCUGAUUGCUUUCUCCUGGCAGCAAUGGCCUAUGAUCGCUAUGUGGCCAUAUGCAGUCCACUGCAGUACCACACCAUGAUGUCAAAGAAACUCUGUGUUCAGAUGACCAUAGGGGCCUACACAGCUGGAAACCUGCAUUCCAUGAUCCAUGUAGGGCUUCUACUUAGAUUAGCUUUCUGUAGAUCUAAUCACAUCAAUCACUUUUAUUGUGAUAUUCUUCCUUUAUACAGGCUCUCCUGUGUUGAUCCUUAUAUUAAUGAACUGGUACUAUUUAUCUUCUCAGGCUCAAUUCAAGUCUUCACCAUAGGUAGUGUCUUAAUAUCUUAUAUCUACAUUCUCUUUACUAUUUUCAAGAUGAAGUCUAAAGAAGGAAGGGCCAAAGCCUUUUCUACAUGUGCAUCCCACUUUUUGUCUGUUUCGUUAUUCUAUGGUUCUCUAUUUUUUAUGUAUAUUAGACCAAAUCUGCUUGAGGAAGGGGACAGAGACAUACCAGCUGCUAUUUUGUUUACAAUAGUAGUUCCCUUACUAAAUCCUUUUAUUUAUAGCCUAAGAAAUAAGGAAGUAAUAGCUGUCUUGAGAAAAAUUCUGAAGAUUAAAGCAUCUCAAGAAAAUAUGAAACAAAUGACAUCUACUGUAGCUUAAUGAUUUCAAUGCAGAAAAAAAACUUAC